AUGCCAUUCCAAUCCCGAGCCCAAGCCCUCGUCAACGCGCAAACCGGCGCCGACGCCCGCCUAUCCCGGCACACCACCACCACCUCUUCUUCCACCUCCUCGCCCGCCGUCCCCAACAUCGAAGCCCUCAUAGCCCACGUAGAACAGCACGGCUACGUAAUCAUCCCUUCCGCCUUCUCCGCUGCGGAAGCAGACGAAGCCCACGCCGAGAUCGUGCGCCUGACAUCCUCGCCCGAGACAGCCGGGCCAGCGGGAGGGUUCUCCGCCCAUGCCAAUGACAAGGACAGCAUCCCGAUCACCAGCGCAAGCGGCACCACCACCACCACCACCACCACCACCACCACCACAGGCGGCAGAAACAGCUUCGAAGGCUUCAAAACCCACCGCAUCUACGCCCUCCUCAACAAGUCCCCCGUCUUCCACAAGUUCCCCACCCACCCGGCCCUCCUCGCGCUCAACAACCACUUCCUCGACCCGGGCUUCCUCCUCAACGCUUUUCACAGCGUCUACAUCCAGCCCGGCGAGGCCCCGCAGGCGCUUCACCACGACGACGGCUACGUCGGGGUGCCGAGGCCCCAUCGGCCAUUUGGGACGGGCGUUAUGGUCGCCCUCGACGACUUCACCCCCACAAACGGCGCGACCGUCAUCAUCCCAGGCUCCCACACAUGGGGCCCCGACACCGACACCGCCCACCUCCCCCAGCGCAAAGACGCCAUCCCCGUCGUCAUGGACAAGGGCAGCGCCGUCUUCUUCCUCGGCACCCUCUGGCACGGCGGCGGGGAAAAUACCUCGCCCGACCCCCGGAGGGCGCUGACGAUCCAGUACUGCCAGCCCUGGAUGCGGCCCCUCGAGAACCAGAUCCUCGCCGUCGAGUGGGACAAGCUGGCCGGAAUGCCGAGGCGGCUGGUGGACUUGCUCGGGUACGAGCCUGGAGCCCCGUUUGUCGGGUACGCGGAUGGGGUUCACCCGUGGAAGGUUGUCCAGAGGAGGCUGAGGGAGCAGGAGAAAAGUGUAGACAGGCAGGUCAAGUUGUAA